GCGACAGAUACUCGUUCAAUAGUAUUGCGACGAACCUCACGAAAGCCUCGUAAUAUUCAGAGAUAUUUGAGAUUAACUUCACCGUCACGCUGUAGCAAUCACGCGACCUAGGAGUUGAUCCCUCACGAUUUCUCGCAUUCCUCCGACCUUUUAUCACCCAGUCCCAACUUCCUGUCACUGGAAAUGGUGGCCUGCGCACACAAAUACCCACGGACUGCGCGGUAGCUGACCGCAGGAGCAAAAUGCCCGUCACAGUAGAUGAGGUUGGCGUGCAGGCCCAGCAACCGCAGCAGGAGAGCUCCGAAGCUCUUUACACAGUUACGCAGCAGGAGGUGGAACUCGACAUCGACUUCAAGUCGCGGGUACUGAUUGGGCGCACGAGCAUCAUCAUAGAGCCUCAGUCGAAGGAGCUUACGUCAGUCUCGUUAACAUGUCGAUCCCUAAAGGUUACCAAAGUUUUUGUCGAUGGCCAUCCUGUCAAACUACCUACAUACCGCGAUCCGUAUGAUGGUUUGAACGUUAGGGAUGGAUAUACCGUUCAUCAGCAUCACCAGAUGCGAGAAAAUAUCGAGGAUGCUGUGAAAGAACAGCCUGAUCCCAAUCUUUCUAUUCAAUUUCCGAAGCAAAUCAAAGUUAAUACUUUGAAUGCAAACGAAAUCACAUCCGCACACAGUGCAGCCCUUGAUGCCGUCCUAGAGUCAGCUCUGGCAAACAAUUUGGAAGAAGGGGAUACCAUGUUCGUUCCCAUCACGAUCGUGGUCGAAUACACAAUCGAGAAUUCAAGAGACAGUCUACAGUGGAUAGGACUACGAGAUGGUGACUCACGGUAUCCUCAUGUGUAUACAUGUGCAUCAUCAUUACCGGGCUCGCUCCCGUGCUUUGUUUUUCCUUACCUUGGCUCGCCUAGUUCGAAAUAUUCCUGGAGAUUGAGCGUGUGUUGCCCACGAACUUUAGGAGAUCUUUUUUGGAAGCCGCAACGCACUAAGGGUGACCCGCGAACGAAUGGCGCGAACGGACAUGAUCAAACCAUGAAUAUCAACGCAAACGAGGAUGAAUUUGCUCGGGGGCUCACAAACGAGGAGCGCAAUAGAGACAUCAUUGUGGUUGGUUCUGGUUUGCUUGAAGACAACGAUGCUCCAUGCAAAUUUAGCGAGCGGCGAAGAAAAUGGGUCUUUCAGUGUUCGGUACCUGUUGCGCCUGUACACAUCGGCUUCGCAAUUGGACCCUUUGAGGAGGUGGACUUUUCUGAAUUUCGCGAGAGCGGCAAAGAGGACCAACUUAAGGACCAUGCCGUAGGGGUUCGUGGCUACUGCAUGCCUGGCCGAGCUGAUGAACUGCGCAACACUUGCUUACCUCUCCAAAUGGCUAUCGAUAGCUUCAUGCAGUCAUACAUAUCCUACCCAUUCGCCCCCGAAUGUCAGACGUACAAGAUGUGUUUCGUGGACGAUCUAGCUCAGGACGUAAUAGACACAGCAACACUUUCGCUAUGUAGCUCGCGUCUUUUAUAUCCUGAAACUAUACUCGACAGUGUGUGGGAGAAUUCGAGAAUCUUGAUUCGCGCUGCCGCAAGUCAGUGGAUCGGUGUCUUUAUCACUCCGAAAGCAAGUUCAGACUAUUGGAUUAUAGUAGGCGCGUCUUACUUCAUGGCUGAGAACUUCAUGGCGGGUCUUUGGGGUCGAAACGAACUACGAUAUCGGCAAAAGCUUGCCGCAGAUGCCGUCAAGGAUAAGGAUAAGCACAUGCCGUCUAUCUAUGAGUGUGGAAAUGCUGUUUCUCUCGACCCUGCCGAGCUUGAUUUCCUCGAAUUGAAAGCGCCUCUCAUACUCUAUCUGCUUCAUCAAAGAUUGGUGAAGCAGAGUAGUGCUGUUGGUGUCGUUCGAAUAUUGACGAGGAUGUUAUCUGACGCACGAUCUGGGCGGUUGGGGUCCAAUGAGAUAUGGACUGACCGCUUCAUUUACACGACUGAGAAGGUUGCGCAUGCAAAGGUCCAAAGCUUCUUUGAUCAGUGGGUCUACGGUUCUGGAGUACCUAGUUUUCUGGUUUCUCAAGCGUUCCAGAAAAAAAAGUUUAGCGUUGCUAUCACCAUCAAACAAACGCAGAAAUUGGAUGUACUCGCCUUGCAACCUCAACCUCUGUCUGCUGGCAACUUCUUUCGGGAAGUGAAAGAAAUGGAGCAUGAGAUAUAUGCUGGCCAGUUGCAAGAUUCAUUCACAGGACCAAUGACGAUUCGUGUACACGAGCCCAGCGGCCUGCCAUACGAGCAAAUCGUUGAAGUUCGUGAUGGUGAAACCAAAGUCGAAUUCCAUUAUAACUCAAAGAACAAGAAUCAGCUUCGAAAACGACGUCAGAGACUGAAAGAAGCCGCCGUUGAAGGCCACGCACAUGUUGCUGAAGACGGAGACGACUACGUGCCAACAUACUCACUCGGUGAUGUUCUCAUGAAGCCGGAAGAGGCAGCUGAGUGGCAGCUCGAAACUUUGAGCGAGGACCAAGAGAAUAUCCUUGCAAAUGCGUCAUAUGAGUGGAUAAGAGUUGACAAAGAUUUUGAGUGGAUCGCAAAUAUCAGCUUUCAUCCAGGGGGUACGCCGGGUGAGCUCGAACUCAUGUAUAUCAUGCAACUCCAAGGCGACAACGACGUUGUAGCACAUCUUGAGGCUAUUCAACGUCUCAUGGCCCUAACACCUUCAAGGUUGUUGUCAUCAGUCUUCCUGCGCACACUCAUGGACAGCCGAUAUUUCUACGGUGUGAGAGUUAAGGCUGCUGAAGCUCUGGUGGGUUGUGCGAUCAGCCAGCUUGAUUAUAUUGGGUUCUUUCACCUAGAAAAGGCUUUCAAGACGUUGUUUUGUUAUGAGGGUAAUGCUGGAAUGACCAAACCAAACGACUUCUCUGAUUUGAGGCUUUAUCGCAUUCGAUGCGCAAUUGUUCAAGCAAUGUCAGUCAUACGCGACGACAGGGGAAAGGCACCAAAGCGAGUUAAGCAAUUCUUUCUCGACACGCUGAAAUUCAACGAUAAUUCCAGCAACCAGUAUUCGGACUCAUAUUACGUCGCCUACCUCAUCUCUGGACUUACGCGAGCCCUUUCAUCGUCGUACAAUUCAUUCCAAUUCCAAAUGGACACCGAUCUUGCAGAACAAGCGGCCGAGGCUCGCUUGAAGCGUGAAGCUCUUGGUGAGAUCGAAAGGAUGAGGCGUAUCGAUGAAUGGAUACCCUCAUAUCGUAAUGUCCACACUCGAGCAGCGCUUCGCGGGUUGGUUGAUUUAAUGCUGUUGCGCAUUAUACCAAAACGCACUGCCUCCUUUCUACCGUAUACUCGUCCAGGCAACCAUGAUGAAGUACGUCUUGAGGCAUUUGACCACCUGAUCAGUCUUGGUAUGAUGGCGAACGAUUCAUUCAUUCGAUAUAUCUUCUCUUCACUUGCAAAUGAACCAUCCUCAUACUUUCGCGAUCGUUUGUGGCGCCGAAUACACCGAGGCCUUGCGUCCAUUGCUCUUGGCGAGACAAAAAUCGACCGUCAGCAAGACGGAGACGCAGAUAUGAAUGGUUUUACAAUUGACACUGGUGAAACUAUGCUGGCAAGUCGAAACGAAGCCAUGGAAAGAUCUACCUUGGAAGGUGCUCUCAAGUGGAUGGCAGUGCAACUUGAACAGAAUAAAACCUUGGAGAGAGCCAUCAUGGAUGCGCUGAGAUCACCCAUAAUUGGUUUAAAGGAUUUCUCUGAGCUGCUUGAUCUUUGCGCGCACCUCUACAAGACGAAGGACUAUCUACCUGUCACUCUCCAUUACCCACGUUAUUGGCGUAUCCAAAACCUCGGCGAUGGCAAAAUUCGUUUCUAUCGAAGCGACAAAUUCCGCUUCAAACCGCAGAAUAUCCGGCCUGAUCUCAAACGCAAGAAAACCUCGGACGAGCGGUCAGAAUCGCCAGAUGCGAAGCGCAGAAAAUCUGGUUUGCCACUCAAGAUAUCCCUCGGACGAAGUAAUCCUACUCCAAUCCCAACAACGCCAGCUCUCCAAGCACCUCCAGUACUUCCAUCCCCUGGUUCGUCUCAGUCAGCCAUCACAGCCAUACCGAAGCAAAUCCAACCUUCACAGAACGAAUCACCGGCGCCACAUGCUCCGAUAAAAUCAACGUCCCCUGUUUCUGUGAAGAAGAAGCCUUCGCCAGCUGUAGUGAAAAAGGUUUCCGCGUCUUCAGCAAACUCGUGGGUAUCUCCUGCUCCAAAGCUCGCUACGAAAUCUGUGUUGAAGCAGAAGCGUGUGGUGCUCAAGUUCAAAAACAAGAAGAAAGAAUACGCGUCAAUUGUCAAGGGUACAACACUAGAGAAAUCUAGCGCCGUACCAAAAGUGCCGCCGUAUGCAGACGAUGAUGAUGACGACGAUGACGAACCACUUGCCUCACGAGCAUCUGCCCUUCCACAGACGAAUGGUACUACUCAUAUGAAGAUGGAAACGGCACCACCUCCACCACCACUUUCAUCUAUUCCUGCACCGAACACUGAAACACCAUCCUCUAGACCUUCAGACAUCCCCCCGCCCCAGCAAAAAUUAAAACUUAAACUCAAAUUUGGCGGGGGUGGUAAGUAAAAUUACCUCUUCUCAUCGUUUUCCUCUUCAACAGUUUUGUAUUACUUGACAGGAGUCAAAAGAGCUUCCAUCUGGUACCGGUUAGGCAGGCUCAGUGGUAUAGUUGAAGCCGUGUAUAUUAUCGAGCUGUGGCGUUCCUCUUAGCAAUCUUUUCGUUUUCCAUUGGCGAGACUGAUACACUCCAUUCAUCGCAACUGGAGAGGCAUAACGGUGAGGGACGAUUUACCCAUAAGUGUGGGAAAGAAAAUGCAACAAAAUCAGGAAGCACGAAUGAAAAUAAUUAUAAGCUUUUGAAUACAAG